CCAAGCCCCGUUGUCUUGGAGAGAAAAGGACGCUCAGAAGCCCGAGGUGCAGGUCGAGAAGGCUAAGGGUGGAUCUCCUCCAAAUCUCGAUUUCCAGGAAAAACUCUGGCCCCUUUUCCUUCAGUUUCCCCAACUUCAUCCUGGUCCCCUCCUCUCUCUAACCCCCCAUCCAGACUAACCCAGACCCCAGCUCGUCUCCCUCCAAUUUUACUGCGCCUCUCUUUCAGCGUCCCCCAGGCCCGAGUCCUCCCGCCUCUCCCAGCCGCUUCCCCUUCAGGCUUCCACCCUUCCUCACUAAUCUCCCAGCCAUCUAUUCGCCUUCACUCCAAAGCCUAGUGCCCCCUACUCUUCGGAGACCACCCAAGUGCGGCUAUUUAGGCCCCUCCCCUACGUUUCUCCAGGGACCAAAUCCACCGACAACCUGAAGCGAACACCGAAAAAGGGGGAGAGGGUGGUGAAGGAGAAACCACCGCCUGUUCUACCCCCUGUAGGAGAGGAGGAGCCCAAAAAUCCAGAGGAGUACCAGUGCGUGGGCAUCUUGGAACAGGAUUUUAUCGAACUCUGCACUCGUUCGGGAUUCAACGACUUCCCCAAAGUCGUAGUCCGCAAUCACGGCCGCUCCACCUCGGCCACCGCCACCGAAAAGCCACCAGGGGAGGAACAGCAGCGGCCCUCUGCCUCCUGUAGCCAAAACAGCCUCCUCCAGAUCGAAACCAAGUAUGCCUUCUUCCGGCCCACCAUCCAGGUGGACCUGGAACAAGAUGACCCCAAAUUGGUUCGGGAAGUCUUCAUUCGAGGUUGGAGAUUGGCAGAUCCACUUCUGGGCAUUCUCUGCAAGUGUCUGCCCAGUCUCACCCAGCUCCAGGCCAUCAACCUAUGGAAAGUGGGGCUGACUGAUGAGACCUUGACCGUCUUGAUUGCCCUCAUCCCUACUUGCUCCUCCACUCUCAAGAAGGUGUCUCUGGAGGGAAACCCCAUCGUGGAGCAGUCUUACCACAGGCUCAUGGUCCCGGAAAGCACCAUCAUGCACUUGUCCCUGCGGAACAACGAGAUCGAUGAUCGCGGGGCCCGGCUCCUGGGCCGGGCGCUGUCCACGCUGCACACCAGCAACCGGACUCUGGUCUCUCUCAACCUGGGCUACAACCACAUCGGAGACGAGGGAGCCAGUCACAUCGCCCAGGGACUGAGGCUGAACCGUUCCCUGCUCUGGCUGUCCCUGGCCCACAAUCGAAUCCAGGACCAGGGCGCACAGAAGCUAGCUGAGGUCCUGCAGCCUUUCGAACUAACACACACUGAGGUGGUGGAACGCAGGCGACUUAUGCUCGAAAAGGGGGCCCAGGACCGAUCCAGAAUCCUAAGAGGAUCGCCCACCUCCUCCCGCUACGGAGAACGAGACCGAGACCGGGCUCAGCUGGCGCAGGGGACUGGCAGUGCUCUGGCCAUCGACAAGCUUCAGCCACCGAAGCCCACCAAAGGCGCAUCGGGCAAGAAGAAGGAGAAGCAGGAAGCAGCCAAGAAAGAGGAGAAGUCGGGGUCGGGGACGUCCCCCACACAGAACACCCCGAAGAAGGAAGAUCAGAGCAAGGCUGGUAAAAGCAAGGUGACCAUCCCAGAACAGAAGCCUGGUCGGGGAAAGGGAGCCAAAAUGGGUCCCAAAGAGAAGCGGAGCACACUUGCCGAGUCUGAGGUAACUCCUGAGCCUACUGAGAUUGUCAAUCCCCUUCUAGAGCAAACAGAGCAUCGAAAUGGGAAGGUUUACUUGUCGGGAAACAAAGUUCUUAUGCACCUCAAUCUUAUUCGGAACCGAAUCACAGAAAUGGGUCUGAAAGGCUUCCUCGCCGCUGUCCAGUACCAAGUGAAGUUCACCAAACCCAAAAUUCCAACGAAGGGGCCAUCAGGAUUGCUAACGCUGCUGCUGUGGAAAAAUUCCUUUCCUCCACAAUGUGAGACCUACAACAUGAUCCAGGACAUGAUGCUUCCUCGGGACCCCAUUUCCAAGACUAAAAAAGAUGAAGAAGGCUUGUCCACUCAGGGGUGAAGGAUAAACACUAAAUCAUGUGUGGGGCAAUAAUAAACUUCUCUUUGUAUCUUUUUUCUGAGGAUCUCCAAACACUUUUUUAUUAGAGCUUGCCUGUUACUUUGGGGCCAGUGACUUGGGAUUGGGCCUAGACCUCUCUGGAUGCGAGUUUAUCAAAUGUGAGAAGCAGCAAACCAUGCCAUAUGAGGCUGAGUGGAAGGCCUGGGGACGCGUAGCUUGGAAGAGAAAAUUGGGGAUCAUGAUAGUUGUGUUUGACAGAGUGUCCUAUCCUCUGCCUGGCUCCAGAGUACAAAGAAAAGCUCCCCAACAAUGAGAACUUUCUAAACAAUGAGUGUCCCAGCGUGGAACAGGCCGCUUCCUAAAGGAGCAGGGGUCUUCAAGCAGAGGAUGGCCGUGACCGUGCAGGGAUUCCUGUCCAAGAACAGGCUGGACCAGAACUCGGAGAUUCUUCGGACAGAGGAUCCCUAUGGGUCCUGCCAGCUCUAAACUGAUUCUGAACACAGCCCAGACGAUCUGCUGCUAUCCCUGAGCACGCAAAUGGCAACCUCUGCUUACGUGAUAAGCCAAGUAGCCUUCACCCCACGAGCCUCUCUGCUGCUGCCAGAGGCUCUGGCGCUCUGGCGUCUUUGUCUGUGGAGGCUUUGCUGACAGUAUUCAGGAUAAAGGAGUUCAGAAGCCUCAAUACCCUCCUGGAGGGCCAAUUCCCAGGAGACGAGGUCAUUCAGGAGGAGGAAAGGCUCCGUCUAAAGCCACCUUCUGCCCUGCUCAACCAUCCAAGUGCUUUCUGAGCACCUAUGUGCCAGGCAGUGUUCCAGGGCUAGAAAAAUAAAACUGACCCUGCUCUUAGGGAGGGCAUCGUUCAGGGCAAGAACA